AUGAGCGAUACCAUGGAGCUCACCCCCCAAAUACAUGUCCAGGACCAAGCCAUGAGGCGCGAAAGAAUAUUAAUGUGGGGAGCAAUGGUCGCCACAGCUCCUGGGGCGCAUACAGCUUCGGCAACUUGCACCACCGCGAAGUCGGGGCUCAAGGCAUUGUGUAGAGCUGUUAAAGAUGUCACUCAUUUAUUUGGUGCCCGCAGGGCUGUGCAUACAGGGUACAAGGAGGGAGCGCUCUCGGUUGACUGGGUAGAAGUCUCACCGCAAAGUGCUAAUGGGGCCCAGUGA